CCCUCUCUUUCCCUGGGAGGCGGGGCCGAGGCACCCACCUGGGCCAGGGCCCCACCCUCCACCCCCAGGGGGCUGGCAGGAGCUUUGCUGGGGACCCUGCCCUGGCUCAGGCAGCUGCUGUGGGCGGGCCCCUGGCCUUCCCGGCCCCUCGGCCUCCCCCUGCAUUCUAGAGCCCAGAGCUUUUGCCUUUGCCGCUGCCGCUGCCGGGCUGCCACCUCUCCUUCUCAGCCUCUGGCCACUCGCCGCUCCCUCGCCCCCCACCCAGUUGUUCCUCUCACCUGGCCAUGACCCCAGCUUCCCCAGGGACCCUGGCCCGGCCCUGAGCCCUGGGACCUCCAGCCCCCUCCUCCCCUCCCCUGGGCCAUGGCCAACUCAGGCCUCCAGCUCCUGGGCUACUUCCUGGCCCUGGGUGGCUGGGUGGGCAUCAUCGCCAGCACAGCCCUCCCGCAGUGGAAGCAGUCCUCGUAUGCGGGCGACGCCAUCAUCACGGCCGUGGGCCUCUACGAAGGGCUCUGGAUGUCCUGUGCCUCCCAGAGUACGGGGCAGGUGCAGUGCAAACUCUACGACUCACUGCUCGCCCUGGAAGGUCACAUCCAGUCAGCCCGAGCCCUGAUGGUGGUGGCCGUGCUCCUGGGCUUUGUGGCCAUGGUCCUCAGUGUGGUUGGCAUGAAGUGCACCCGGGUUGGAGACAGCAACCCCAUUGCCAAGAGCCGCAUCGCCAUCUCUGGGGGUGCCCUUUUCCUCCUGGCAGGCCUCUGCACUUUGACAGCCGUCUCGUGGUAUGCCACCCUGGUGACCCAGGAGUUCUUCAACCCCAGCACACCAAUCAAUGCCAGGUACGAGUUCGGCUCGGCCCUGUUCGUGGGCUGGGCCUCCGCCGGCCUGGCCAUGCUGGGGGGCUCCUUCCUCUGCUGCACAUGCCCGGAGCCCGAGAGAACCAACAGCAGCCCGCAGCCCUACCGGCCCGGCCCCUCGGCCGCUGCGCGAGAACCAGUUGUUAAAUUGUCCGCCUCCGCCAAGGGCCCCCUGGGUGUGUAAUGUCCAGGUCCCCAGCCCGACUGUCCCCCUGCCACACCUAGACUGUGUGUUUGGUAUUUUUUGGAAAGAGAAGUGAACAUCCAGUCUUGA